CUAGCGACUUGGGCUGGACAGCUGGCCGUAAAGUGGCCUUCCCUUUCUCCUUUCAGCUUGCCCGCCCGAGGCCUGGCGCUCUGGUGGGAGCCGUUGCUGCAGAGCCAGUCGCGGCCGUUCUCUGGGGCCGAGCCCAGGGCCUGGUUGAACAGGAAGUGCCAGCGAGACGCCGGGGCCGGGCCCAACCCUUGUCUCCCGCUGCGGCCAGUGCAGUGCCCGCAGGCCUCGCCGCGCCCACCCCGGCUUGGGGCGGGGCCGCCUCCCCACCCUGGACUCCGCCCCGCGGCCCGGCCGUGCCCCGCCACCCUCAGCCCUGCGGGUGUGUGACCGCCGUGCCCCUCGGUUGCCCGGUCUUCUCCCGGCUCCGGCCGCUGGGGGACCAUGGAGUUUGCGGAGCUGAUCAAGACGCCGCGGGUGGACAAUGUGGUGCUGCACCGGCCUUUUUACCCAGCCGUCGAGGGGACCCUGUGCCUGACCGGCCACCACCUGAUCCUGUCCUCCCGCCAGGACAACACGGAGGAGCUGUGGCUUCUCCAUUCGAACAUCGACGCCAUCGACAAGCGAUUUGUGGGAUCGCUGGGUACAAUCAUCAUAAAAUGUAAAGAUUUUCGAAUUAUUCAGUUGGAUAUUCCUGGAAUGGAGGAAUGUUUAAAUAUAGCCAGUUCCAUUGAGGCGCUGUCUACCCUGGACUCCAUCACUCUGAUGUACCCCUUCUUCUACCGGCCAAUGUUUGAGGUGAUAGAAGAUGGCUGGCAUUCCUUCCUUCCUGAGCAAGAGUUCGAGCUCUACUCUUCCGCUACCAGUGAAUGGAGGCUAAGCUAUGUCAAUAAGGAGUUUGCUGUCUGUCCUUCGUACCCACCAAUUGUCAUAGUGCCCAAAUCCAUUGAUGAUGAAGCUCUUCGGAAAGUAGCUACAUUUCGACAUGGAGGGCGCUUCCCAGUGCUAAGCUAUUACUACAAAAAGAAUGGAAUGGUAAUUAUGCGGAGCGGCCAGCCACUCACUGGCACGAAUGGGAGAAGGUGCAAGGAAGAUGAGAAGUUGAUAAACGCUACCCUCAGGGCAGGCAAGCGUGGCUACAUCAUUGACACCAGGUCUCUAAACGUGGCCCAGCAAGCUAGAGCCAGAGGAGGCGGCUUCGAGCAGGAAGCUCAUUAUCCGCAGUGGCGACGAAUUCACAAAUCCAUCGAGAGAUACCACGUUCUUCAGGAGAGCUUAAUCAAACUCGUGGAAGCUUGUAACGACCAAACACAUAACAUGGACCGGUGGCUCAGUAAGCUGGAGGCCUCCAACUGGCUGACACACAUCAAAGAGAUCCUGACGACCGCCUGCCUGGCAGCACAGUGCAUCGACAGGGAAGGUGCAUCCAUACUGAUCCACGGAACAGAAGGAACGGACUCUACACUGCAGGUGACCUCCCUGGCCCAGAUCAUCUUAGACCCGAGGAGCAGGACCAUCCGGGGCUUUGAGGCCUUGGUGGAGAGAGAGUGGCUCCAGGCUGGUCACCCGUUCCAGCAGCGCUGUGCACAGUCAGCCUACUGCAGCAGCAAGCAGAAGUGGGAGGCGCCUGUGUUCCUGCUCUUCUUGGACUGCGUGUGGCAGAUACUUCGUCAGUUCCCUUGCUCGUUUGAAUUUAAUGAGCAUUUCCUUGUCAUGCUCUUUGAGCACGCUUAUGCCUCACAAUUUGGAACUUUUCUGGGCAACAAUGAAAGUGAAAGAUGCAAGCUGAAGCUGCAGCAGAAGACGAUGUCUCUGUGGUCCUGGGUCAAUCGGCCCAGCAAGCUGUGUCAGUUCACCAACCCCCUCUUCGAAGCCAACAACCUGGUCAUCUGGCCUUCUGUGGCCCCGCAGAGCCUGCAGCUGUGGGAAGGGAUUUUCCUGCGGUGGAACAGGUCUUCUAAGUAUCAGGAUGAAGCGUAUGAGGAGGUGGUGAACAUCAUCGAGUAUAACAAGGAGUUGCAAGCCAAGGUCAACAUCCUGCGGAGGCAGCUGGCUGAGCUGGAGACAGAGGACAGCUGCGGGAGGCCCUCUGAGCACCCCUGAGCGCCACGCCCAGCCCUGCCGGCCUCGUGGGUCUCACCUGCCCUUCAACUGACUCGUAUACUGAAGCCUGGAACUUCCGGCUUCACUUGGGACCCCUCUGAUGGCCUGGCUUUCUCAGUACCGUGGAACAAAUCUCACUACAACCACACCUAUUUUAUGUGGCCCGCUAGGCCCUUUGCUUUGGAAGCAGGAAGGAGGUGCUAGUUAUUUAAUUUGACAUGAAAUCGGUGACCUAGAGAAUGCUACUUGUCACAGGCAACUUCACCGAGCUUCUUCCAUGGCCACUUCCCACUCCAUGCUCCAGCCCAGACCAGGACACAAGACUCUCCGUUGGCAGUAGUUGGUUUAAAAAGGGUCAGGUUUGUAAGCACUCAGUAUAGAAAUGUUUUUCCUUUUUGUUUUUUUUGGUACCGGGGAUCGAACUUGGGACCUUGUGCUUGCAAGGCAGGCGCUGGAACCACUGAGCUAAAUCCCCGGCUAGAAACGUUUUUCAAAGCUGAAAUGGUGGAUAAACCAAGAACUUUGUGUUUAACAUGCCAUUUCUAAUACCUUUGCCCCUUAAAAUAACCUUCUCUUUAAAACGGUUUUGGGACGAACAAAGCUGAAUUCAUUCUCAUUCUGGUUUGUCAAGAAGGGAGAACUGGAACACUUACUCAAGGUAAAUUCUUUCCACAAGGGCAGCGGGUAUGGCUCUCUGCUACUUACAAGAGUUAAAUUUCUUUGAAGGGAAGAUACUAAAAGUACGUGCAAUAUAGAAUCAGAGCAGGCAUUUGUUACUGAUAGAGAACUGUUGCUGUUGAAUUGGUUUUUCAGUUUGGGGCCAUACAUACGAAAGGUGUAUCAAAUGCAAAAUGAAACUGUCACUUAAAAUAGGGUUGUUACACUUAAGCUACAAAUAUGGUUUCCUUAAACCAGAGCUGCACUGCCCUCGUCUGAAGUUCUUAUUGCAUCGGUUUAUACCUCUGUAUGUGUAUGUGUAUUUUAGUUGAUUUUUAAGUAUUUUAAGAGUUUACUGAUACUAAGGUUAACACUUUCAUGUUGACUUGAGCAGCUUGCAAAUUUGUCUUGACGGCUGAUUUGUCCAUGACUGUCAGGCAAAUACAGUUUAACCAGAGGGGAAGAUUAUGAAUGUGGUGCAGCUUUAUGUUUGAAACUGCAGAGAGAGUUUUGAAAUGUCUCAGUAACACAGGACAGCAGUGACUGUGUGCGCGACCUGCUGGUUUGUUUACACCUGCAAUGUUCAGUACUGGUUCAGUACUCCUCAUCCCACUGCCCCUUUUAUCAAUACUAUCUGUUCUGUUUUUCCCUGAAGAGGACAGUGGAAGAGUAAUCCCUAAUACUGUUUCCACACCAUCUGUAUCAACCACUGCAAUGUGGAACACAACAAACUGGAUCCCACCUCAGACUGAGUGUUGAGCUAAAAAAGUAUAACUUUAAAAAAUUGACUAGGGGCCGGGAUUUAGCUCAGUGGUUCCGCUGCUUGCCUCAAAAGCAGGAAGACCCGAGUUCGGUCCCUGGUACCAAAAAAUAAAAUAAAAUAAAAUAAAUAAAUUGACUAGCAGGGGCCGCGGAUUUAGCUCAGUGGUUUCGCCCCCUGCUGCGCAAGCGCAAGAACCUGAGUUCGAUUCCCGGUACCCAAAAAAAAAAAAAAAAAUCUAGCAAAAUCUGCAGCCAUGUCCAGAAACCUCCGCACGUGGCCAGCGCCUUGCACCUCCCGUUGCCCUAGCUUCCCUGAGACUUGCGGCAAAGGGUAGGCAGCAAUCAGCGGUCUAGAUUCCUGUAGUAAAUUUGCCUGCCUUCUUCUCCAAACUCACCUUUGUUCUUGGCUCUGACUACAAAUCCUGGGACAUUAACACCCCCACGGAAGACAGGGAAGGAGCGGAAGAGGCGCCCUGCCUUGCUCUGCCCUUGUCUGUGUUGUGCGAAGAAGUGCCUGUCAUUGCCUCCUUUAAUGCUCCUCAAACUCGCUGGCAGUGCUUGUUUGGCAGCUGACCUUUCCGUGUACUCCUGCUUUUAUCUCCAGGCCACCCAUGAAGGACUCUUUUUCUCAGUGGGCCCAUAAGGAAAAUCGCCUAGAGGUCCUUUUCCUCAGUGAUUCUUCAGAGUGCCUCCCGCUGCUCCUGUGGGCUGGGGCUUCCGGGCAGCCACUGUGAAGGGAGCCUUUAUCAGGCUCGGGCUUGGAGGACUUAGACGUUUGAGUGUCACCUGUCGCUGACGAACGGUGCGUGUGACCCAGCAACAGUGACGGCGGAGCAUUUCUGUUCCUUUUUCUUUCCCGCAUUGAGACAGCAUUCAUCACUGUUUUAGUAUAUGUGCUGCCGAAGCGAGCACAUCAUCACUGUUUUGACAAGUUUGCAUUUUAGUUUUUGGUUUUUUUUGGUACGGGGGAUCGAACUUCUUGGGUCCUUGUGCUUGUGCAGCAGGCGGGGAAACCACUGAGCUAAAUCCUAGUAUUAACUUUUAAGUAGGGGUCAUCUAAGCCCCAAGCCACUUUGCAGGUUGUAAACACAAACUCUGGUGUCAGUGCGCUUUCAACAGGGUCAUUUCAUAACGGAAACACUAGAGUUUCCCCAGACUCCAGAGAGCUAUGCACAAGUGCGGUGUCAGUAUGAUUUGAAGAAAGUAAUUAGUAAUAUGAUUAAAUUACCUUGCCCUUGGGUGAAAAGAAUAAAUAAAAUGGAUAAACCCAAGAGAAGAUUCUUGCUAAGCAUUAGGUUUAGAGAGUUGCCUUUGAUAACUGUGACUUUAAGAACCUUAAGGAAGAGGGGCUGGGGAUUUAGCUCAGUGGUUCCACCGCUUGCCUUGUAAGCACAAGGACCCGAGUUCGAUCCCCGGUACCGAAAAAAAAAAAGAACCUUAAGGAAGAGAACGGAGCAGAAUCAGUGAGCAAGCAAAUGCUCAGUAGAUGCCAGGAAUACUCAAGUGGGGUCCACUCAAAUUCAGGUGUGUCUGCCAUCCUCUCUGUUCAUGCAGAGUGGAGCCUGGCAUACAUUUGGGGUUGUUCAGAAAGAAGCCCCACGAAGACCAUUUUUAAAAUACAGAGGAUCACUAUCCUCCUUUAUCCACAAUACAAGGAUCCUUAAGUUUAAAUUCAUACAUAUAUUUUUUUGGUACUGGGGAUCGAACUCGGGACCUUGCACUUUCGAGGCAGGCGCCAGAACCACUGAGCUAAAUCCCCGGCCCUAAAUUCAUAUUUUUUGAAAACCAAAAGAACAUAGCUAUUUGAUUAUAAAACUGGAAGCAUUUUUGGUUCAAGACUUUUCAAUAAUUAUUUGUUUGGUCAAAAUUAUUAAGUGGGAAGAAAAGCAGAAAUAAUAAAAUCUAAUAGUUUAAAAUGAAAUAUAAAUGUAUUUUAUUUCUAAGAAAAAUGAGGCUGUUGAAGCAAGAUUUUAAAGUGAUUUUUAGGCAGCCUUGGGAGGACCAUGAUAGACAUUCUUGAAAAUCCCAUAUAAAGGAUUUAAAAUUUUCUUUAUGAAGGAUUUAUAAGCAUUGGAACUUUGAGGCCUGACUUAGAAGUGAGAUCUCAUUUUGUUUCAUUUCAUUUUAGAAGAUGAAAUUUAGUGGGAUUUUAGCCUUUCAUUCAGUCAGUAUUAGGUUUAUGUUAAAUUUUUAAAAAUCAAUAUCAUGGGAAAGAUUUGACCAGUAAUUUAGUGUCUUGAACUGAAAAAUAGGAGUAACAUUUUGUCGCAUUUUGAAAAAUCUGCUUAAAUAACUGCAGCAGUUUUCUGGGUUCGGAGAUGGCUGUUCUAAUUGUCACUUUUAAGUGGGUCAUCGGGCUGGUUUACUAUCGGACUGUAAUCCGAGGCAGAGGUUUUAAUGUUUACCUACUUCCAGAUUUAAGAAAUGAAAACUACAUGAGGAUAUUAUGGGCAUUCUUCAUGAGAAAAGCAUUUCCUGGACAGAGAAUGGGGAUGUGUGAAUAGAAUGGGAGCUUUGACCUUCCCUGGGCACAGAAGUCACCUGGCACAUCCAGUGCAGGCUUGCGCUAUACCUCAGGACCACAUGCCCUCGUACUUCUUUUUCUUUAACACAAAGAACUCCCCCCCAGAGCUGUUAUUUUAAGUUAUUGCCAAAUAGUAUUUUGUGUUUUUCACCAUCUAGAGAGAAAACAUUAAAAGAGGACGUCUCCAUUUUUAUUUGUUAGAUAUGAAAUGCUGAAUUUUUUUCAGUAUUAGUAUUCUAAUGUUUCUUUUCGUGAAUAAAACUACUUUUACCUUUACUGAGUCUUUACGACCCACUGUCAACAACAGCAUAUUCUUUCUUUAAACCAGUGGUCCCAGAAGAGACCAUCUGAAACUCCAGCACUAGUUUUUAGAAGCUCUGACCUUGUUAUCUAAAUUCUAAGAAACCUAACGCAUGGUGUCUGGAAGAGCAGGGCAGAGCAGUAGUUUGUGCUCAGUUCAAUGAAAAGUGCUGGAGCUCCCCGAGACACUGCAUUGCCCGGACGCAAGCUCACUGGCUUUUGAGCCUGUGGUGCAGGCGGCUGCAAGUCUAAGGUGUUCUGUAUUGGUGUUGUGGUGAGAGUUGUACAACACUGCCUCUGUGUGUCAGGCCAGUCAUUCGAUUCACUUUUAAAAUGCACAUAUCUUUGGAGAGGCGAAUUAUUCUACACAAAUAUACCCUGGAGCCCAUCGUUUAGAAUCCAUAUAGAUCUAUUACCAUCUACACUAAAAAUAUUGUACUUGCAUAACUUAGUUUGUAGAAAACAGAAUAUGUAUUUCUUCAAUAGCCAGGUGUUUGGGUUGUACUCUCGAUAUACUUGAUUGUACUCUUGGGUUUAAGUGCACUAUUAUUCACGUCUUACACAUAAAAUUGCACUGUAUGGCGAAUGUAUCUUAACAUAUGCUUUGCUGAAACCUCAGAGCUAUAAGGUACAGGUUUUUAUAUUGUGAACCUAAAUGUGUAUGUAUGUGUGUGUGUGUAUGUGUGUGUGUGUGUUUAUAUAUAGCCUUAGGGAAAAUUCUGAACUUUUGUAAGUGUGUAACCUUUUAAUAUUCUUCGUAAUGUUCACUAAGUGAUAAGUUCACUUAUGUCCUGUAACUGGAAUCAGUCACCUGGAGUUGGCUGGUUUGUCGAGCUUAGUUUACUGAGUCAAGAAGCAGUCUUGUUGAAUGUGAUGCUGUUCUUACUGUGUAGUACUCGUGUGUGGUGUUCUCCCUCAGCCUCAGAGGCAAACAUGUUGCACAGAUAGAUGCUAGUGUUAAAGUUCUAUAGACAAUGGUAAUAAAAUUUGAAUAUAUUCAAUGCUGAUAAAUCCGGAGGCUGAUUUUAUUUUUUUGAAAUAUUUGCAAGAGUUUUGAUAGUAUUCCAGUUAAAACUACUGUAUAUUUUGACCACAUAUUUUUGAAAAAUUGAAAGCUGCAAAAAUGAUGCAACAUAAUACAGUGAUCUCCCAUAUGCUGUUCAUAUAGACUAAGCAGUUGAUAACAUAGCCCGUAUUUUCUGUAA